GUCUCGCGGCGCCCGGACGCGGCAGUUGGGUCAUGGCGCUGCGUUACUUGUUGCUGCUAUCGCGCAGCUGUUCUCGGCGCCGUGGCCUCCUGCUCUCGGGCCGGGGCCUGACGGGGCCCGGGCUCUGUCUGACGCGCCUCCAUGAACAAGUUGCCACAAGAGUUAUUACGAGCAGAAGUGAUGUUGUGGCAAGCGUAGCUGCUGCUUACAGAAUACUUUUCUCUAAGCCUCCAAAAGGAUUUGAAAAAUAUUUUGCAAAUGAAAAGAAAGCUAAUGAUUCCAAAGGGUUGACUGGAGAAACAAAAGAAACAAAACAGACUAAUAGCCAGGAUUCUUCUGGAAGUGAUGGUACAGAAGGUGAAGGAGGUGGCGGUGGUGGAGGAGGAGGAAAAAAAAGAGGUGGCAAGAAGGAAAAGCAUGCUUGGUUGAUCAGAUUAAUGAAGGGUGACAUUCCAUGGGAUGAGAAAGAUUUCUGGGUGUUCAUCAUGACAAAUGCAGUUUUCUGGCUUUAUGUUAUGUAUUACUUAGGUAGAAGUGCUGAGAGAGAAAUUACGUGGAAGGAUUUUGUUAAUAACUACCUGUCUAAAGGAAUGGUGGAAAGGCUAGAAGUGGUCAACAAGCGCUUUGUUAAAGUGAUCUUUAUCCCAGGAAAGUCUCCACCGGAUGGGCUUGUAGUCUGGUUUCAUAUUGGUAGUGUGGACGCUUUUGAACGGAAUCUGGAAACUGCACAGCAAGAAUUAGGAAUAGAAGCAGAGAAAAGAAUACCUGUACUCUACACAACAGUGAAUGAUGGUUCAUUUCUUCUGAGCCUGCUACCUACAGUUCUUAUCAUUUCCUUUUUAUGGUAUAUAAUAAAAAGAGGGCCUACAGGCAUGGGUCGAACAGGACGGGGAAUGGGAGGACUUUUCAGUGUGGGUGAAACCACAGCCAAGGUCCUGAAAGAUGAAAUAGAUGUGAAGUUUAAGGAUGUAGCUGGCUGUGAAGAGGCCAAGUUAGAGAUCAUGGAGUUUGUCAACUUCCUGAAAAACCCAAAACAGUAUCAGGAUCUAGGAGCAAAAAUCCCAAAGGGAGCCAUUCUGACAGGUCCUCCAGGCACUGGAAAAACACUGUUAGCUAAAGCUACAGCCGGAGAAGCUGAUGUCCCUUUCAUUACAGUUAAUGGCUCUGAGUUUUUAGAGAUGUUUGUUGGUGUGGGUCCAGCUCGAGUCCGAGAUUUAUUUUCUCUUGCUCGUAAAAAUGCCCCUUGCAUCCUCUUCAUUGAUGAAAUAGAUGCAGUAGGACGGAAGAGAGCACGGAGCAACUUUGGAGGGCAAAGUGAACAAGAGAACACACUCAACCAGCUUCUAGUAGAAAUGGAUGGGUUUAACACUACCACAAAUGUAGUAAUUUUGGCAGGCACAAACAGACCAGAUAUACUAGAUCCUGCACUGAUGAGGCCAGGACGCUUUGAUAGGCAGAUCUAUCUUGGACCCCCAGAUAUAAAAGGAAGAGCAUCUAUUUUCAAAGUUCACCUCAGGCCUCUGAAAGUAGAUAGUACAUUAAAUAAAGAUAAUCUAGCAAGAAAACUUGCAUCACUAACUCCAGGGUUUUCAGGUGCUGACAUUGCUAACGUUUGUAAUGAAGCUGCUUUAAUUGCUGCAAGACACCUUUCAGAUGCCAUAAACCAAAAGCACUUUGAGCAAGCAAUUGAACGAGUAAUUGGAGGUUUGGAAAAGAAAACUCAGGUACUUCAACCAGAGGAGAAAAAGACAGUAGCAUAUCAUGAAGCAGGGCAUGCAGUUGCAGGAUGGUUUCUGGAACAUGCUGACCCACUCUUAAAGGUAUCUAUUAUUCCACGUGGCAAAGGAUUAGGUUAUGCUCAAUACUUACCAAAAGAGCAGUACCUUUACACCAAAGAGCAGCUGCUUGACAGAAUGUGCAUGACCUUGGGAGGACGUGUAUCCGAACAAAUCUUCUUUGGAAAAAUUACAACAGGAGCCCAAGAUGACUUGAGGAAGGUGACUCAGAGCGCAUAUGCUCAGAUUGUUCAGUUUGGCAUGAAUGAAAAGGUAGGGCAGAUUUCCUUUGAUCUCCCACAUCAAGGAGAGCCGAUACUGGAAAAGCCUUACAGUGAGGCAACUGCACGAUUGAUUGAUGAAGAAGUGCGGUCACUUAUUAACACUGCUUAUGACAGGACAGUAAAUCUUUUGAAUGAGAAGAAAGCAGAUGUGGAGAAGGUUGCUCUCCAACUACUGGAGAAGGAGGUGCUGGAUAAAAGUGAUAUGGUUGAAUUACUUGGCCCAAGACCAUUUGCAGAAAAAUCUACAUAUGAAGAAUUUGUUGAAGGCACGGGCAGCUUAGAUGAAGAUACUUCACUUCCAGAAGGCCUGAAAGACUGGAACAAAGAUCGUGAGAAAGAGGAGACAACUGAUGAAGAGGUUGCCAGACAGAUCACAGGAGGGGUGCAGUUUUAAUUUUGAAAUAUGCUGUGGUGUAUUGACUUGCUAUGGAAGUGUUUUCCAGAAUGCUUGUAUUAAAAAAAAAUCUGUUUAUUCAAACAAACCUCUACUGCUGGUGAGUGAAAGAGUAGAGGCUUACAUCGAAAGAUGGGAAGAAUCUGAGCCUGUUUGUUGUCCUCAUUAACAGGGAAAAGAUUCUUUUUUAGCAGUCAGCUAAGGGAGACUAUUUGAAGAUUGGCCUAAAGUGGAAUACAGAACUGAAUAUCUGCUUCUCCCCACCACCACCACCGUCAGCUUCCCCCAGUACUUUGAAACUAUUUGACCAAGCAGGUCCAUUUCUAAAUGAAUUCAAGUUAAAAAUCAGGUAUCCAUAACUGUUGAUAUAGAAAAUUUGACUGUAUAUUUGAUCUCCAUCCAAGAGUAAAUCAUAACAUCCAUAUGUGGAAAAUACUGACUGCUUAACCCAGGGUCUGAUCUUACAGAACUCUUGUUUUGCAGGAAUAUCAACUGUUUGCCUACCUGUAGUUUUCCUCUUCCAACGCAAAAAGUUUAUGGGAGAACUGCUGUAACAUUGACCAUGAAAGUAAAGUCCUGCUUGAAUAG